ACACCCAAAAAAUAAAAAAUAAAAACAGAGAGAGAGAGAGAGAGAUAAAUGGCAAAGCUUGCUCUAAUGCUUUCCUGCUUGUUCCUUGGCAUGGCAGUACUAGUGGUGCAUAGCACCAAUAUUCAAGGACCAAAAGAGAUCGACGAAUGGUUCAAAACUCUGAACAACUCGAAAGAGAAGCUGACAAGGCUCCACUUCUACUUCCACGACGCCAUUUCGGGCAAAAACCCUACCGCAGUGAAGAUCACCGAACCCGCCGACGGUUUCCGAUCACCGACUUCCUUCGGCCAAGUAGACAUGAUCGAUAACCUUCUCACCGAAGGUCCGGAGCCUGAUUCGAAGCCAGUGGGUCGAGCUCAGGGUCUUUAUGCAUAUGCAUCUAUGGAGGAGUUUGCUUUGCUUAUGGUUAUCAACUUUGUUUUCACCGGUGGUGACUAUAACGGAAGUUCUCUCGCCGUUUUGGGCCGCAACCCUGUUCGUCAUCAGCUUCGCGAGAUGCCGAUCAUCGGCGGCACUGGUGUUUUCCGGUUGGCACGCGGUUCUGCCACCGCCAGGACUUAUUCUUUUGAAUUGGAAUCCCUUGACGCUAUUGUUGAGUACGAUAUUGCAGCUAUACAUUAUUGAGUGUUGAUCAAGACCAAUAAAAAGCAUAUAUCUUUGUUUGUGGUUUUGGGAUUAUACAUAUAUUUUGUAAAAUUUCUGGGUUUGGUUUCAUCAAGAUUUGGUAAUUGAUUAUGUCACGUGUGUGAUUGUCAAUUAUGUCUUGUUUUUAAUUCUUGCAUGCUUGUGGGUUUAACUUUAAGUAAUUAGUUUGUUUGUUGUAUUAUUAAUUUAUUAUUUAUGGAUAGAAAAUUAUAUCUUGAUGCUC